UCCCCUUUUCUUUCCUCUGGGCACUGGUAGCCUUGGUGUCUUCCUUGUGACCUUUGACACCAAGCCUUCCCCCAAGGUCAGUGGGGCUCCUGCAUCCCCCACUGAACCAUCCUUCCUAGACUCCUCUUUCUCUCUUCUGCCGCCUCCUGGACGACCCUCAGUUCCAAGGACACCCCGUGGAUCGUUGAAGAUGGCUGUUCCUCCCUGCUGCGCUCCUCUAGCCCCACCCCUCUGUGGUCCCCAGUCCCCUCCGUUCCUCAGGUUUCCCCUCACCCUUUUCUCUGUCCUCACAUCAGGAAUCGUCCCUGGGGAGCCAGUCACCCCUCGCUGGGUCCUGGAUGGACAACCCUGGCGCCCAGUCACCCUGGAGGAGCCGGUCUUGAAGCUAGACAAGGGGCUCAUAGCCUUGGACGCUGAAGGCCAGGAGCUCCUGCUGGAGCUGGAGAAGAACCACAGGCUGCUGGCUGCAGGAUACACAGAAACCCAUUAUAGGCCAGACGGGCAGCCAGUGGUGCUGGUCCCCAACCACACGGAUCAUUGUCACUACCAUGGGCGUGUAAGGGGCUUCCCUGACUCCUGGGUAGUCCUCAGCAUCUGCUCUGGGAUGAGGGGCCUGAUCACUCUCAGCAGCAAUGCCAGCUAUUAUGUGUACCCUUGGCCAGCUGGGGGUGCGGAGGACGCCUCAACCCACAGGAUCUUCUGGACAGAGCAGCUGCUUAGCUGGAAAGGGGCCUGUGGCCACGGGGAUCCAAUCAACCUUUCUCAUGCCACCCGGAUCAGGGCCAGGCGGCAGGCCCGCAGAAGCCUGAGGUACCUGGAGCUGUACGUCGUGGCUGACCACACCCUGGUGAGAGGAGGCUCUAGGGGGCUGUCAGGACUGAGCGUGGCCAGCUCAGCUGGUCACACCACCAUAUCGCUGCCUUUCCAGUUCUUGACCCAGCACCAGGACCUGAACCACACCAAACAGCGUCUUUUGGAGAUCGCCAACUACGUGGACCAGAUUCUCAGGACUCUGGACAUUCGGGUAGUGCUGACCGGCCUGGAAGUGUGGACUGAGCAGGACCAGAGUCGGGUCAUGCCCGACGCAAACGCCACACUCUGGGCUUUUCUGCAGUGGCGCCGGGGGCUGUGGAUGCAGCGGCCCCACGACUCCACGCAGCUGCUCACGGGCCGCGCUUUCCGGGGGAACACCGUGGGCCUGGCGCCCCUCGAAGGCAUGUGCCUUGCAGAGAGCUCUGGAGGCGUGAGCAGGGUGAGCUGUGCCCGGGACUGGACGGGAGGAGAGGUGCGGAGGCGGUCUUCUCAGCCAGCAGUGACCGUCCCCACGCCCUCCCAGGACCACUCGGAGCUCCCCAUCGGCGCUGCAGCUACCAUGGCCCACGAGAUCGGCCACAGCCUUGGCCUCAGCCACGACCCCGAAGGCUGCUGCGUGGAGGCGGCCGCUGAGCCCGGUGGCUGCGUCAUGGCAGCGGCCGCUGGGCACCCGUUCCCGCGCCUGUUCAGCGCUUGCAGCCGCCGCCAGCUGCGCGCUUUCUUCCGCAAGGGAGGCGGAGCCUGCCUCUCCAACGCGCCGGGCUCCGGGCUCCCGGUGCCGCGGGCGCGCUGCGGGAACGGUUUCGUGGAGGAGGGCGAGGAGUGCGACUGCGGCGCGGGCCAGGAGUGCCCCGACCCCUGCUGCUUCGCCCACAACUGCUCGCUGCGUGAGGGCGCCCAGUGCUCCCACGGGGACUGCUGCUCGAGCUGCCUGCUGAAGCCGGCGGGCGCGCCGUGCCGUCGGGCUGCGGGGGACUGCGACCUCCCUGAGUUUUGCACGGGCGCCUCUCCCUACUGUCCCCCAGACGUUUACCUCCUGGACGGCUCGUCCUGCGCCAGCGGCCGCGGCUCCUGCCGGGACGGCGCGUGUCCCACGCUCGAGCAGCAGUGCCAGCAGCUCUGGGGGCCCGGCUCCCGCCCAGCACCAGAGGCCUGUUUCCACGGGCUGAACUCGGCAGAAGACGCCGGUGGCAACUGCGGCCCGGACGAAGAGGGCGGCUCUGCGCCUUGUGCGAAGAGGGAUGCGCAGUGUGGAAAGCUGCUGUGCCAGGGCGGGGAGCAGAGCCCACGGGCAGCACACGCGAUGCCGGUGGACUCCACCAUCCGCUUAGGCAGCCUCGAGGUGACCUGCAGGGGGGUCUUCCUGCGCCCUGGUGCCCAGCUGGACCUGCCGGACUUGGGCCUGGUAGAGCCUGGUACCCAGUGUGGACCUACAAUGGUGUGCCAGGACAGGCGCUGCCAGAACACGACAUUUCAGGAGUUGCAGCGCUGCCUGACCGCCUGCCAUGGCCAUGGGGUUUGCAACAGUAACCGUAACUGCCACUGCGAUCCGGGUUGGGCCCCGCCCUCCUGCGACAAGCCGGGCCUGGGUGGGAGCACAGACAGCGGGCCCCUGCGGCCUGAAAACCCCUAUGCAUUCCUGCUGGCAGUGAUCCUGAGCUUUCUGCUGCCUCUGCUUCCUGGGGCCGGCCUGGCCUGGUGCUGCUUCCGGCGGCAGCGGGGAUCCCAGCUCCAGCAAUGCCUCUGCGGCUCAAGGAGCAACAGUGGGCCCAAAGAUGACCUGCGCAGGCACCGCCCUCUGGGCAGUGUUCACCCCCUGGAAUUGGGCCCCAUGACCACUGGAGAGCCCCGACCCCUUGACACUGAGAUCUCUGCCAGAGCUCAACAGCCACCUUGAGAAACCUGUGCCCUGUGGCCCUAUCGGCACCCCAAGGUAGGUGGGGACCCUGAUGUGGGACCUCCACCACCCACUGCCACUCAGUUGCUCCUCAGCUCACUGUCCCCUACCCUGGGGUUCUGAGAAACGACCACACGGAGAAGCUGUUGUCAUGGAGGCCUCUGGAGCAGGGGAGAGAGAAGUUGUGGCUCUUCCUGGGUCAUCUGUCCUCACUGAGGUAGCACAGGGUGUCCCCGUCACAUGACCUGCAGCCUCAGGUCUCAGUCCUCAGGGGAAGAUCCUGCCCCCACUUAAUUUAUAGCAGGUCAAGUCCAGAAGCCAAGCUACUCUCUCUGGUGAGAGGUGAACACUGAGAGCCACUCCAGGCGCUUGGGCCACCAGGGGCAGAGCCAGCAAGUCGACUGACCUCCCUGCACCUUCAGGCAGCUUUGCAAGUUUCUUCCCUGAGUUACCUCCACCCUACCCACUCCAGGACCCCACUCUGGAGCCUCAUCAGAAUUUGCCCAACGCUGUCCCUGUUGGUUUGGGCCAGGGAUCAUGCAAGUCCAAGAAUCCAUCUCUCACGUAAAACUUCCAAGUCUGAGAGGCCAAAGAAAGCAGCUGGCAACUCCAUCAUAACCAGUUUAUUAAGGGAACUUAU